AUGGAUGUACUCCCAAUGUGCAGCAUCUUCCAGGAACUCCAGAUUGUGCAUGAAACGGGUUACUUCUCAGCUUUACCAUCCCUGGAAGAAUAUUGGCAACAGACCUGCCUGGAAUUGGAACGUUACCUCCAGAGUGAACCUUGUUAUGUAUCAGCAUCAGAGAUCAAAUUUGACAGCCAGGAAGACCUGUGGACCAAAUUUAUCCUGGCUCGGGAGAAAAAAGAGGACUCUGAACUGAAGAUUUCUUCCAGUCCUCAAGAGGACAGUCUUAUCACCUCGAGUUUAAGUUUCAAUAUAGAGACCAAUAGCUUAAAUUCGGACGUGAGCAGUGAGUCAUCUGACAGCUCAGAAGAACUUUCACCUACUACUAAAUUUACCUCUGAUCCAAUAGGUGAAGUUUUAGUCAAUUCAGGAAACCUGAGCUCCUCUGUCACUUCCACUCCUCCUUCUUCUCCAGAACUGAGCCGAGAGCCUUCCCAACUAUGGAAUUGUAUCCCCGGGGAGUUGCAUUCUCCGGGUAAAAUCCGUAGUGGGACUGUGGGAAAGCCUGGAGAAAAGCCUUACAGAUGCUCAUGGGAAGGAUGCGAGUGGCGUUUUGCAAGAAGUGAUGAGCUAACCAGACACUUCAGAAAGCACACUGGUGCCAAGCCUUUUAAAUGUUGUCACUGUGACAGGUGUUUUUCCAGGUCUGAUCACCUGGCCCUUCACAUGAAGAGACACCUCUGA